AUGACAAAUUCAGCUACAACACCGGGAUUGAUAAAUAUGUCGGAAUAUCCAAUGCGUGAACCACAAAAUGCUCAAGAACUCGUGAAUUUAGUUCAAAAUACUAUUUCUCAAAUACAAGAUAAAUUUGGACAAAUGAGUGACACAAUUAUGACAAGAAUUGAUGACAUGGGUCGACGCAUCGAUGAUCUCGAACGUAAUAUUGCACAUGUAAUUGCACAAACAAAUGCUGAAUUAUCAUAA